UAGAAGAAAACAGCGGAAGCAGAUGCUCCAGUUUCGUUUCCGAUUGACCCACUUAGCUUCUCGCAUUAGCAUCGGUUAAUAAUCUCUAUGUCACACAAUGGACUCAUGUGUCCUUAAUUUAGCGCGUCGCGUCGUUUCGAUGUUUCCUUUCUGAUUUUUUUUUUGUCGCCCGAGAAGCGACACAAAACAAAGGCGCGUCGCCAGCUUUGAGCCCGAGCGAAGUAGCCUAGCUGUUGUUAGCCACUUUGAUUUAGCCUGGCUGGCUGCGAUUAAAAUGAGCUGUCAAACGGGGGCUGCGUCGUGAACUUGUCCCUGCGCGUCGGGCUGCUCCGUCUUGGCGCGGAUUCACGCCAACUCAGUUAGUUAUCUUAGCUCAGCUAGGUUCGGCUUUGCGAUCGUCUUGGAUGUUCAGUGCGCUGCGAAGUGACUCUUCAGCUCCAUGUCUGCUGAGGCUUCAGCUGGGAGUCAUGCUGCCGACUCUGUCCAGUUUGCCGUUUCCCAGCCAGCCUGCCACAACACGGAUGAGCACAGAAGUCGGGGCCUGCUGGGGAGCAAGUAUGUCAAGUUGAAUGUGGGGGGCUCACUGCACUAUACCACUGUCCAGACGUUAAGCAAGGAGGACAGUCUGCUGCGGAGCAUAUGCAAUGGAGGAACAGAGGCUACCAUAGACUCAGAAGGUUGGGUUAUGCUGGACAGAUGUGGCCGACAUUUUGGACUGGUUUUGAACUUCCUGCGAGAUGGCUCAGUGCCCCUUCCAGAGGACCACAAAGAGCUGGAUGAGGUUCUGAAGGAGGCCCAGUACUAUCGAGUCCAGGGACUCAUCCAGCAUUGUCUCAGUGCCGUGCAGAAACAGAAGGAUGUCUUUGAAACUGUGUGCCGCAUCCCCAUGAUCACCUCAGCAAAAGAAGAACAGAAGAUGAUCGCUACUUGUAGAAAGCCGGUAGUAAAAUUGCAGAACAACAGAGGAAACAACAAAUACUCUUACACCAGCAACUCUGAUGAUAAUCUGCUGAAGAACAUUGAACUGUUUGACAAACUUGUGCUACGAUUUAAUGGCCGGGUCCUGUUCGUCAAAGACGUGCUUGGGGAUGAAAUCUGCUGUUGGUCUUUCUACGGUGAAGGACGCAAGAUUGCUGAAGUGUGCUGCACCUCCAUUGUCUAUGCUACAGAGAAGAAGCAGACCAAAGUUGAGUUUCCUGAAGCUCGAAUCUUUGAAGAAACCCUCAAUAUCCUCAUCUAUGAGAACGGCAGAGGAUCUGGUCCAGGAGGCUUACACCUCUUAGAUUCAAGAGGCUCAGGUUCAUCGCUGGGCCAGUCAGAGGAGGAGGGCGCUGCGGGAGGGGACAGACGAGUAAGACGGAUCCAUGUCAGGAGGCAUAUAAUGCAUGACGAGAGAGGGCAUGGUCAGCAAACUGUGUAUAAGGACUAAUAAUGUGAAAAAAACAAGUCAUUGGAGAGCGACUUGUGUAUGUUUUUUUGUUUUUUUUCUAAAAAUGCGAGCAGAAUGAAAGAGAUGUCCUUCAUCAUAGCAAUAGCUUGGUAGUUAGUUAUUUCCUUAAAUGUCGUUAGACGUGACUGCAGACACAGGGGUUGAUAACUUAUUUGCAACUGUAGUAAAUGUCGUUUGGAGAUGAAAAAGGCUUCUGUUUACAAGAAUACAAAUUGUGUACAUUAUUUAAAUAGGAAAUGUGUAAGAUUGCCUGGGACACGAAACUGGCAUAAGAAAUACUUUGCAAAUAAUAAGGAGCCCCCUGAAAGUUACUGAAUGGGUCUCAUAACCAAACAUGCACCCUAAGGUGGAUUUUACCCCUCGAGCAGAAUGCUGAGUGUUAAUGUAGGUGUUAGUGAUGCGCACCGGCAGCCUCUUCUGUGUUCCUCUUGCAGGAAACAAGUUUAUUCAGGCUGUUGAGCAUCUGUUUUUGCCUUUUCAUAAGUUCGACUGAGAUGCUGCCUUACAGUGAUGAACAGAGGAUGGUGAAGUUUAGCUUAGCGAUGUUAACACUGGAAUAAAACUGAGUAGCCAUUUUUAGUGGGGAUGUCCAUGAAUGAGAUUGUUGAGCAGCUCAAUUUUCUUUUAUUUAAAAUUUUACUGCUGUUGCUUCAAGAUGUUUUUUUUUUUUAUUAUUAAUUAAUUUAUGAACCUAAUUUAUUGUUUGGUAUUUAACUUUUGUAUUGUAUGCAAUUUUUGUGUUAACUAUUGCUCAAGUGAGUUUUAAUUUUUGGAAUGAUAUGAUGCACUCUAUAGCAUACAUCUGACUAAAUCGUGAAAUUACAUUUCAGUUCUAUGUUUCAAGAGGAACAGAGACUAUUUGUUUGAAACGGUUUUUCAUUCUGAGCCAUGAUUUUUCACUUACGCUUUUAUGUCUUAUACCAAACCACUGAAAUUUGCCCAAAGUAAUUGGCCACACAGUGAUGCUAAAAUCCACUAAUGUUGGGUUGUGUUUUCUCUUCACUUAGAGGGAGGACCAAGUAUUCUCUUUCAAUAGUCACAGGUGUCUUGUGUAAACCUAAUCACUCUGAAUACUUGAAAAAAAAUACUGAAUGAGAGCAAUAUGUAUCUCAGGCCCUUCAUAAAAUCACCUUGGAAAUUCACUUAAAUAUGCACUAAUAUAACUUCCGUCCAAUAGUAGUCAUGGGAAUGUUCUGAAUAAAUUACUUAUAAAAAUUCAA